AUGUCGCAGUCAAAAGCAUUGGAUCCUUGCUUCUUUUUUCAUGAGAAUCAUACCUGUUUUGCUGCCAUCAACUUUUGUCACGAAAAUGGAUUGGAAGGAUUCAUUUUUGUGGAAAACGAUUCAUUGGAGAUUCGGCCUUUGCAGAACGAGUAUGCGCCUUUGUUCUUAAUCGAUGACUUUUGCGAUAAAGAAGAUAUUAAUCUUUCAUUUGGGAAACCUCAUCUCAUUAAAACAUUGGUACAAUAUUUUGAUGAUUCAAAUCUGUAUCUUUCGAACAAUUUAAAUCGCAAACAACGUAACGUACGAAAUACGGAACAAAAGUUAACCAUAGAACUUGCCGUUUUUUUCGACGAAGCAGCAUAUCGCACAUUUAUGCCUCUUCUAGACAACGAUGUGGAAAAAAUACGCUAUAUGAUAUUAGCGCAUGUGAAUCGUAUUCAAGCUGCGUUUCAUCAUCCCAGUUUGGGUGUCACUAUUGAUAUUUCACUGGUAUAUUUGGAAAUUAUGCAAAAACAGCCGUCACAAUUGCCAGUUGUCGACGGAGACGCAAAGAACAUGCUGGCUUCCUUUUGCAAUUACUCGAAUACUCACAAUCCUUCGGACCAACGGGAUCCACAUCACUGGGACAUUGGUCUUUACUUAACAGGAAUAAAUAUUUAUUUACCACAGAACAUGACAGAUGUUAGCAAAUAUGCAAAAAGUAAUGAAAGAAUUAUCAAGGAUUAUCUCCCUUUGGGGGUGGCUUAUCCGUAUGCCGUAUGCGAAGACGAUUUUUCAUGCGCGAUUGCAGAAUUUCGUGAUGCAUCUGAAAUCAUUUCUUCGGGUUUAAGAUCAUCUCUUGCAGAUGUUCAUGAAAUUGGCCAUAUUUUAGGAUUGAGACACGAUGAUUCCAUCGUUUUAAAAUCGAGAGAUAGAAACAAAUAUAUAAUGUCACCUACCAUAUCUAAGUCUCGAAGUCAGGUGGCAUGGUCCGAGUACAGUCAUGAAACAGUCAUGAGACAAUUUCUACAAAAAUUGCAGAAAUCAUAUUCGUGUCUUCAAGAUCAUGUCAGCUUCGAAAAUGACGCAUACAUAUUCAAUAAUUUGCGUUAUCACAAUUUACCCGGAAGAGAAUGGACGGCUAAAGCACAAUGCGAACUAUUUUUGCGCGACAAAAAUGCAAACGUUGUCACGUUAUAUGAUAUAUGUCAAACCUUACAAUGUGAAACCCGUCACAAGAAUACGUAUUAUUUCACGGGACCCGCGCUGGCUGGAACUCAUUGUGCACUCGGCAUGGAAUGUCACGGCGGAGAAUGCGUUUCCGUUAUCGAGCCGCCAUACAUUUUUAAGUAUUGUGAAGACGAUAACUGGAGUGAAUGGAAAGAAGACUCUUGUAAAAAUUCCUAUUGCUUGGAAGGAUCCAAAGGCGUACGAGACAAACGACGUUUUUGCAAACAUCAGAAUGACAAAACAGCGAAUUGCAUUGGACCAUAUUACGAUGUAGUUUUGUGCGAUGAUUCUUCACUCUGCAGCCAAAAACGCAAGACAAUCGCCGAGUUCACUACUAUGAAAUGCACCGAAUUCAGCCAUGUCAUGUCUGAACUGGAAUUGAAGCCAGGAUGGCAGGCUCCUCAUGAAGUGAAUAAACCGUGGAUAGCUUGCACUAUACACUGUGUACGAAAGGACGUUCCUACUUUUUACGCGCCACGUUGGGAAAUGCUCAACUUUGGUAACAACCCGUAUUUUCCGGAUGGAACGUUGUGUCACAAAACACGCGGCCAAAAUUAUUAUUGCCGGCAGCAUCACUGUCUGCCGCAAAACUACUCAUUGGAAGAAAAUUGGGGGAGACAUUAUCUACAUGUGUGA